AUGACGCAGGCAGAUCUUGAGUCUCGACUAGAUGCGCCACUAUCUAAUAUCCAAGACGCCUUCACAAUACGUUCAGCGCGAGCAGACCCUAAAGCAGAAAGAGCGCCACAGCCGAGCGAGAAAGAUCUUAAUGAUGCUCGGCAUGGCAUCGACAACACACAAGAAAUUGAACAUCUAUAUCUCGACUUUGACACCGAACUGCCCACACCUGCUGGACUGUCUGUCCUGAAAGAAUCUUCAACACCACCGCCGCCAUGCCCUAAUCUCUCAAAAUAUACAUCACCAUUCCUCUGGUCCAACAGUCGCAAGUCCAUGACAACAUGGCUGGCAUGUGGUGUUACACUGCUGGCUGCCUAUUCAGCUGGUGAAUAUACACCGGCAUCUUCGCAGUUGCUCUCUGAAUGGCAUGUGAGCCAGGUCGCGUACAAUCUCGGUCUGACGACUUUCACCACCGGAUUCGGUAUUGCGCCUAUGAUCCUGGCGCCGUUUUCUGAGAUUAAUGGGCGCAGACCGGUUUUUAUAGCGAGUGGUAUUUUGUUCACAGCUUGUAUUUUUGCAUGUGGCGGCGCGAAUAAUUUGGCUGGAACCCUAGUUGCGCGAUUCUUCAAGGGUAUUGGCGGAUCGACAUAUUCAACUAUGGUGGGCGGAGUCAUCAGUGACAUCUACCACGCCGAAGACCGCAACACACCAAUGGCACUCUUCGCCGGGGCAGCGCUCUUCGGAACAGGUCUUGGGCCUUUGGUGGCUGGAAACAUCGUGGCACGCACGACCUGGCGAUGGGUCUAUUGGUCGCAUGGUAUGGUCAGCGCAGGGUUUGUGAUUUUCAUGUAUUUCUUCUUGAAGGAGACUCGAGGCAGUAUUCUGUUGAGUCGAAAGGCUCGCGCGCUCAACAAGUGGUAUGAUAGUCUUGAGGAAGCUGGAUACUAUGGGAUGUUGAUGCCGUCGGAAGAUCUGCCGGAGAGGCGUAUUGUUCGUCGGAUUCGAUGGAAGGUGAAGGCUGAUGAAGAGCGACAGUCGAUUGUUCAAAUGAUCAGUCUCUCGUGUUACCGUCCUUUCCAUUUACUAUUUACGGAACCCGUUGUUUUCUUCUUUUCUCUCUGGGUAGCCUUUAGCUGGGCUGUUCUGUACCUGCAACUGUCCUCUGUUCCGCUCGUUAUGCAAACGAAUCAUGGGUUCACAGUUGCCCAAUCUAGUGAUGUCUUUGCAGCAAUCUCCGUUGGCGGCAUUCUCGCGACACUCCUAAGCAUCUAUCAAGAGAAAAUCGCUAUCCGGUUCGGCAAAAUGUCAAACACUCCCGAGGGUCGUCUGUAUUUUGCCUGCAUUGAAUCCGUUCUGAUGCCCGUGGGCUUAUUCUGGUUUGGGUGGACGUCGUUUUCAUCCGUGCCGUGGAUUGUGCCCACGAUAGCUGUGGGUUGUGCAACCAUGGGCAUUUUCUCCGUGUAUCUUGCGGUGUUCAAUUACUUGGCCGAUACAUAUCAUCGGUACGCGAGUUCGGCGAUUGCCGCGCAGUCAUGCUGCCGGAAUCUUCUUGGCGGAGUAUUUCCUCUGGUGACCAACGCGAUGUUUAACAACCUUGGUUUCCCAGCUGCGUCAAGUCUGCUGGGCGGCAUCGGCGCGCUGUUGACAAUUGUGCCCUGGGUACUCGUCUUCUACGGUCCAAGGAUUAGGGCUCGAAGCAAGUUCGCUAGUGAAUUGGUGAACCAGCAUUAA